AACCUCUCCACGUUCCCUCCUCCAUGUUCAAAGGUAUACUACCUAAGCGCAUCGCGUCCUCCGACUUCACCAUGGUCACACCUCCUGGUGAGGCUCCUGCCAAUGCACCCAACAAGGAGAAUCAGCCCGGUGUGAAUGUCGCGAAGCAAGUGCGACCGCCCCCCAGCGGGAAAGGGAUUGUACAGAGUCGGAAGAGGGCUGCUACUACGGCGACUCAGAAAGAUAAUAUCUCACUUUCCAAGGCUGAGGAGAGCAUGGAGGAUGCGUUCGACAAACUCUUGGAAGAUCUGCAAAUACCGACAUCCCUGCGACCAAAACUUCUCGGCAUGGAGUCUAACGUCAAAGCUGCGAUGCUCAAAUCUUCUCAGACCAUCACCCCUGCUUCGCUAAGCAGCAUGGGCCUUCCAAUGCCACCCCCUACCGUAGCCCCUCUCACUCCCCGCUCCGCCUCUGCCCUGCGGCGCACACGCAGCACCGAGACACUGGACUCCCCACGACGCGUGAAAUCCGGAGCUGCAGACGACUCGUUUGAGUUCGUGCAGCCACGCGCGCCUGCGCUGUUCGCCGAGUCCGCGCACAACGCGUCUUCCACGUCCCUCGCAGGCGGCGGCGCGGGGUCGCGCAAGUCCAGUGCUCACUCACGAGGGACAUCGUUCGAUAAGAGUCGACUGCUGUCGAUGUCGCUGUCGCGGAGCCAGGUGCAUCUGCCUAUCUCAGCAUCCAUGGUCGACUUGACGGGCAGGCCGCCGGCAGCGCGCACUGCGGCCAAGGCGAAGGAUCUUUCGCCGCAGCGCUUUUGUAGCGUGUUGACGGGCCAGUCGAGUACGGAGCUGGAUAUCGAGGUUGUGAAGAAGCUCAGGCUUAUGCUCAGGAAUGAGUCGGCAAGCUGGUCGGAAGAGUUCUUGUCGCUGGGAGGUUAUUCAGCAUUGCUGACGCGCCUGAACGAAAUUCUUGAGGUCGAAUGGAGAGAGGAGCAACAUGGGGAUCAAAUUCUCCACGAAUUGCUGCGCUGCUUCAAAGCACUGUCCACAUCUGCAAUCGGAUGCUUUGCCCUGCGGAGCUCAUGUCCAACACCUUUUGCGCAACUCGUGAAGCUACUGUUCUCUGAUAAGAAACCCGGCGACGUGUCCACCCGUCAAAUCAUCGUCGAUCUCCUGCUCGUCCUCUUCGAACUUUAUCCAAACUCAUCGCUUCCCGCAAUGGGCGGCCGGGGUACGCCGCGACGCGAAGCCUGGGAGACACCCUCGACAGUGCUGCCCUCGAGCAGUCUAAUCACUCUUCCGGCACCUCACAAGACGCUGUUUUCGCUCUUCCACGCACUUUUGCUCACUCCCGCACCGCCACCUGCUGAAUGUCCGGCGACGCCGAUUUCGCCUCACGAGUUCAUCGAAUCGUUGCACCAGCCUCGCAUCUACAAGACUUAUUUGCAGGAGUUGUCGGAUGUAUGCCGAGACUACUUUUGGGUAUUCUGUCACCCGAGCAACACGAUCUGGAUUCUGUCGGAGACGGACGAGGCAAGAGUGGAGAAGCCUCGGGCGCCAGGUGGGAUGACUGGUGGAGUCGAGUUUGAGGCCAUGGGGUACUUUACGACACACCUGAAACUGAUCAACGCUACCAGCAAGUCUGUCGCAGAGCUGAACAUGCCCAAAGAGCACGAACACUCCGCCUUCCGUUUCCACCAAGAUUUGUUCUUGUCUGGCUUCGAACGGAUCAUAUUGAUCUCACGCAAAGCAUCCGCCACGUACUAUCCGACGCUGCAUCUCGAGCUCGCCCGAUAUGUCGCACACUGUGCGAGAGCUGGGUACGAGUUGCCGUGGCCUGUUUCCCGUCUCGUCGGGCUGCCGCCAGCUGGUCUGGUCAAGCCCAAGGCUGGAUCUAGCAGCGGUCGGAGCACGCCGGCGCCGAGCUCGCCGACGAAACGCAGUGGGGCCCCAGCGUUGCCCUCGCCGCGUCGGGUUGAGCCGCUGAAGAUGAACUGAUGAUCUUAAGAUAACUAUGCGUAUUUUUGCUUUUUCUAUGUUGUUGUUUGCAGAUUAGAUGCCCCGAGUGUACCAUCAUGUCAUGUAUUCGUGCCCAGAAAGUCGUACCAGCGUCACAGAUCCAGCCAGAGGUAUUCGAAAAUGACUCCUCAGAGCGUGAAUGUCCGAAAGGAUGUUGUAUUUGCUGGACAUGCACCCAUUAACACAAGUGAGAGAUCCAAUUAUCUGUCGGCGCUAGUAGGUUGCAAUGGGAACACAGGGAGAGCAUUGCUGGUUUCGAAUGAUCCACUGGCUCAGAUGAUGGAGCCAGCAUGCGCAACCGAAGGACGCGGGGCAGACCACGCCCCAGCAGCAUUCUCAGCAGCUCUCCGGGAGACCGGUCGAUAGCUAAGGGGCACCCAAGCAGGAUUAAGGAUGAGUAAUCCAAGCCCUCUCUGCUCUUGGCGAAGGGCCAUUCUUGGCGCAUAGAUCGAUUGAGUGAACUGAGAGAUGUAUACAGUGCUUCCGCACCGGGCAAUGCGUGGUUUCCAUGUGAAAUUGGAUAGAUAUUGAGGACUUUGAUGUCGCAGUUGGGUGAUUGCAGUUACUGAGCCUCAGAGAUGUAAAACAAUAGUAGAUAGACGAAAAGUGAAUACAGGCGCGCUGGUGGGACAAUGCUCUUCCUUGAUAUGCCCGAGUGAUCUUAGGAAAGGGAGUGCUCCAGCCAGUCCAGCGAACACUGCCCAGUGCCUAUUGACGAAGUGCACGACAUCGCUUGAAUUGGUUGGACAGACAGGCUUGAAGCAGGAGGGAGACUGGAACGAAGACAACGUCCAUAGCAUAAUAGUCCUGCAGCUGGUCGUGGUGUAUCUUCACACCGAGCAUUGAUAUG